AUAGGUAGCUGAUGAUUUAAGGAGUAACUUAGGCUACUUUUUUUAGACUAGCUCCGCCCCGCGGCGUCACCCGCAGACCGUAGUUAUUGUCGUACUGCGCGCAACAUGGCGGGACUCGCCUAUCAAUAAUAAAAUUUAAUGUUUCCGAAGCGAAGCGAGGGCGGGUCGCUAGUUGUAUAUAUAUGUAUUUAAACCUUUUAUGAGUAUUCAUGAAGACUAAUAGAUAAAUUAAAAGCGUGGAUAUUGUACAACAUAAAGUUGCGCAAGCCUAUUGGUUUUCUUUUAAAAAACUAGUGCGCAUGAGUUUUCGAAAAAUACCAGUUGACAACGCAAGUUAAAAUCGAUAGGGAUGUAGCGACUAUAGUCUUGUCCGUUUUGAAAAAUGUAAUAGAUUAACAUAGACAUAACAUAACUCUAGAAAAUAACCUAAAAAUCAAAAGUAAAAUUUGGAUGUGCAAUAAUAUAAUGAACUGUGGUUACUAAAAAUUGUUGGGAAAUAAAUAUUGAUUAACAGAAUCAAAAUACAUAUUCGAAUUCACAUUAAAAUACUUUGAUUUCUAUUUAUAUUUUCAACAAUAAAAUAUCUAGAUGAUUUGUCCGGAUUUUUUAGAAUUUCAGGACAUCCUGAAGAAGAUGAGGAUACUUGAUGAUAAAAUAGUAUAUGCCUUAAAUACGUCAAUUCCGACAGAGUCAUUUAAAGCUAAAAUUGAUGCUACUGCAGCUUGUCAUGAUCUUUACUCUCAGAUACGAACAGGGCAUUCUGAAAGGGAAAAUGUAAUAAAAAAUUGUAUACUGGCAACUGCAGAAUCAGUAAAAAAGCUAAAAGCAGUCAAAGAAGAAAAACCUAAUGAUUUAGAAGUUUUGAGAAACUUGAAAGCGGAGCAAAAAAAGUUGAGACUUCUUCAAACUGAACUUAGUGUAGAAGAAGUUAUUCAAGAAAAGACAACAAAACUCUUUACAGAAAAAUGUAGAAGCUACUAUAAGCCCUGAUAUUUAUGAAGACUGAAACUUGUUUUACCUUUUCCUGAAUUAUUAUUGUAUACAUUGAAUCAAUAGUUCUUAGAUGUAAA